AUGCAGGUGCAGCUCCUCAAUCCUGUCGCAACCGACAGGCUCGGCCAAUUGCCACCUCUUGUGUAUUGCCCAGGAAGUGAUGGGACGGGUAAUUCAAUCGCUCCCCAGCUCCCAGGACUCACAGCAGCCGGAUUUGACGUCAGGUGCCUGUACAUACCACCGUCAGACAGAUCGGAUUGGAAUGAGCUGACCAGGCAGGUGGUGGCACUGCUUCCCUUGCUAAUAUUCUCCACAUUCACUCGACAGGUGACGUUGGUGGCGGAGUCUUAUGGGGGCUGCCUGGGACUGCGAGUGGCGGUGGCUGCCCCAGAGCUCAUACAGCGCCUGGUGCUGGUCAACCCAGCCACCAGCUUCUCACGCGCCCUGUCUGGCCUGCCCGCCAUCAUCGCCAGCACCAACCUGCUCUCCCUCUUCCCUGAGCCCCUUUACCAGGUAGCUCAGGCUGUGCUGGUGCCACUGCUGGUCGACAAGGACAAUGUUGGGCCGACAGGCGUCAAAGCCAUCCAGUCAAUGAUGGUGAUGCAGCCCACACCGGACUUUCAGCUGUAUGAGCCGGCGGUCACUGCCAGCUGGCGCCUGCGCAUGCUCAGAAAAGGGAACGUCCCCGAUGCAGACCUCAUGCGCAUCAGGGCGCCGACGCUAAUAGUGGCCAGUGCAGCCGACCGACUGCUGCCAUCGCUUGAGGAGUCAGCACGGCUGGUGGGCAAAAUACCAGAUGCGCGCAGAGUGGUCCUGCCCAACUCCGGGCACACAGCGCUGCUGGAGUCUGGCAUCAGCCUGGCUGAGAUCAUGGGCCGGACCGGCUUCCUCCCCGAGUGGAUGUCUUCUCGGGAAGGCUCAGCAGCAAUGGCGCACAAACAAGCAAUGGCAAUUCCCUGGUAG